CGCAGCCACAGCGGUAGCGGCAGUGGGCGCUGGGGAUGCCCUGUGCGCAUCCCAAACCUCCCCUCUCCACCGUGCCUUGCAUUGAGCCUGCUCAGCAAGAGGGCAUGUCCUGACCUCACGCUUUUGAGAUGGCAGCUAUCGAGAGCUUCAGUGCCACCCACCCCGGUGACCCCCAGCCUGGGGACCUGAUCGAGAUCUUCCGGCCAGCUUACCAGCACUGGGCCCUCUACCUGGGGGAUGGGUACAUCAUCAACGUGACGCCCGUAGAUGAAGGGCCUCCAGCCACAUUCGCCAGCGCCAAGUCAGUGUUCAGCAGAAAGGCCCGGGUGAGGAUGCAGCUCCUGAAGGACGUGGUGGGAAAUGACACCUACCACAUCAACAACAAGUAUGACGGCACCUACGCUCCCCUCCCAGUGGAGGAGAUCAUCCGGCGUGCUGAGUACCUCAUCAACCAGGAGGUGUCCUACGACCUGCUCGGCAACAACUGCGAGCACUUCGUGACGCAGCUCCGCUACGGUGAGGGGGUCUCUGACCAGGCCAACCGAGCAAUCAGUGCCAUUGGGUUUGUAACAGCUGCCGCCGGUGCCUUCUCCUUGCUGGGCUUGCUCCAGAGCAGAUCCAGAGAGAGGCAGUACUGACAGGCUGCCAGGAUGAGCUCGGAGCAGGGCAGGGAGCCCCUGGCCAGGAGGGACCCAGGACAGUUUGUGGCCACAGCUGCCACCGAGACUUACUAACAACCAUGUUACCCCUUGCUAAGAGCAGCACUAGCCUGUUUGCCACAUCUGCUUUUAUUUCUGUGCCUGUGAUGAUUUUUGUGGUAGUCUGGGAGCGCUUGCAAGCAAAUUCUCCAUCCUCGCACCCCUGGUGCUCUGCUGAGGGCUGGUGCAGGCUUUCUACACACAUCCCAUUUUUAUCAACUACAUCCUGUGGGCUCUUUCUGUGAGUAACCUAUUUUAACCUGCUUGAAGAAACAUUUUUACUUUUUUUUGUUUUUUUCUAAACAAAAGUAACGUAAAAGUAUUGCUGAGGGUUUAUUGUGUGUCCUCCACCUGAGAGCCUGUGCAAGUGGAAAACCCCAGGUCCCCAGGCCUGUGGAAGGGCAGACAAGGCACGUGCUGUGUCUGGGAGCCUGUGCCUGCGGUGCUUAAACUGAGCCGCUCCUGCGAGGGCAGGAGGUAGGAAGGAAGGGCAGGUCUUACAGGCUGUAUCCCUCAGUGUUUUAAAUGAGUGCUCUGUUUUUGGCAUGAUGGUGUUUUACUCUGUUUUCUCUUGCCUGCAAAGUAUCCCUUCCCUGGCUCCUCUGACUCCCUUUGGGAGCAGCAGGCCCCCGUCUGCGGGGAUCUGACAAACCCAGCUAGCUUUUUCUCUGGCAGCUGUUUGUUCCAGGUUGGGACCACUGUGCCACUGAAAUUUUCCUCUUCAUCCCUGUAAGUGCAAUAAUUGUUGGUAUUGGACCUAGUCAAGCUUACUAGAUGAGCUUUAAGGUCCCUUCCAAACCAUUUUAUGAUUCUACUCUUUGGUCUGCCAAAGCACUGAGGUUUAAAGAAAGACCACCAUGGGCUGCAAGGGCAGCCAGGAGCCUUUGCCCCUGCAGCUAGGGCCAUUGGCUCUUCAGUGACCAGAAGCUGAAUUUAAGCAGUUUGUAGCCCCAGCACAAGAUCGAUCUUCCUCCAGCCAGCAGGAAGGCAAAGCCAGGGUCCCUGCAGUGCUGUGGGUGUUGUACCUGGAGAGUGAGCUGUGUAGCACCUAUGCCUCAUCUCCAAAUCUACAAAGCCCCGCUAUUUCCUUGUCACAGAGCUGACAUAUGGCUUGGCUUAGAAGAAAAAUGUUUUGCAAAAGUGUGGUUUAUUACUCUUUACUGGGGGUAUCUGGCUUGCACAUUUGGAACCAUGUUGUUUGCAGACCACUUGUAAGAAACUAAAUUCUGUGUUGCUUUUGCCACAGGCAACUGCCUGGACUGUAAGAAGAGAUGAGAGCAAAAGAGCUGUCUGUAAGAGGCUUGCUAUUUUUGUCUGCUCUUAACAUGUACAUAACAGGAUCAGAAGCUUUUUUUAAACAUCAGUUGUUUCAAUGUUUGAAAUAACAAAGCCAAGACUUCUGGUCGUAAUUUGUAGUGCCCUCUGUUACUACAUUUAAAUACAGUUUUUCUUUUUUAAUAUGGGAAAACCUAUUAUAAUAAAACUGAACCUGAAAGUC